AUGGCUGGCUUGAGGAUAUCAGGACUCAUGGAAUCUGCAACCACGGAGGCAGUAGCCGAGGCAAUAACAGCGAAGGGUGGUUGUAGACUUGACGAAGUGAAGGUCGGUGCAAUCCGUACCGGAUUGAAUGGGGCAGGAUCGACCCUCAUUAAAUGCCCGGUGACAGCCGCCAAAAAGAUAGUAGAGGGAGGGCGUUUGCUUGUGGGGUGGUCGAGUGCACAAGUACAGAUCCUAGAUCCAGCACCGUUCCGCUGUUAUAAGUGCAUGGGGACGGGACACACUCGCGCUACUUGCCCCUCACAAAUAGACAGAGGCAACACGUGCUUCCUGUGCAGCAAGCCGGGACAUAAGGCGUCCGGCUGUACCGAGGCGCCAUUCUGCGCGGUAUGUCAUCAGGCCAAAAAACCAGCCGGACACUACAUGGGAGGCCAAGCGUGCUGCCCCCCACCGACUAAGGGUAGACAAGACCCCAUCCGGCCCCAGGGGCCUGAUCAGAGAUCCGCCCAUGGGGCUGACGAGGGACAAGACAUGGAUGUGUAA